AUGUCUCCCUUUAUUGGAAAGAAGUUGGGAUUCUCAUUAGGAGGUUCAAACGGAGGAGUAAUUCAAAGAGAUGAAGAAUAUCUCUCCUUCAAUCCAACACUUCUUCCAGUCAAACAUUGGAAAGUCCGUCAUUUCACAUUCUUUCUCUCACAAUUGAAUGAAAAUUACAAUCAAAUUUGUCAAAAAAUUCGAUUGUUAAAAGUACCUUCAGAUUCAUUCACAAUUUCUGAAUCCACCAUUUCCAUUUUUGUGCAAGAAGAAUGGGAUGGAAAUUCGUUAAUUUCAUUUUCAAAGAUGGAUUUGGAAAAUAUUGGAAUUCCAAACAAUGAGAGCGAAAUUAUUUUCAAUGCCGUUCAAAAUUUACUUCAAGUUCAAAAGGAAAUGAAUGACACGGAUGAUGGUAUUGAUAUGAAUGGACAGGUAUUGACUUCCAAAACUACCAUUUCGAAUGUGACAAGUGGAAGCAACAAAAGAGCAACCAUGCAUGUCGCGUCCUCUCAAUUGUCUCUUUCGAGUGAUGCUUCUUUCAGCAGUGAAGAUGUUGCAGUGGUUGACCAUACCAGUUUGAGUUCUGAUGUGCAAAUGUCUUCAAAAACAACAACUGCACAUUUGUCUCUUCACAAAAAAACAAAUUCUGAUCAAACAUUGCUUUCAGAAGAAUUUAAAGCUAAACUUGAGAGAAGAUUGUCCUCACUUCAACAAAUGACAUGUGACAGUUCCUCUCAAACAGCCACCCAUACUACAGAUGAAGCUUCAGAACAUUCAAAUUCUUCUCCUCCAUCGUCGGAUUCUUCUCAAUCAUUGACACAAGAAUCCUCAACAGCUGUAAACAGCUCUCCUUCCACUCCAGUCAUUUACAGAAAGGAAUCCGUCAAAAAGUUUUCCUACGAUUCACCACCACCUUCGAUGACAAGUGGCAGCAGUAAUUAUACUGGUCGAUUCGCCAACAAACAGGCAGUGGUCAUUACUCGACGUGACACCAGUACCGAAUCUUCACCUUCGAACAACACUUCUUCGACCUCACCAAAUUCAUCAUUAUCCAGUCCAACCAAUAGUGUUCCCACUCUCACACAAUUUUCCGAAGUGUCUUCUUCGACCUCAACAACAACAAUGACACGACCUCCCAAACCCAUGGGAUACUCAGCACGUAAAUCCAUGUUUUCUUCACCACAACCUCCAGAAGAUUCAAAAGACGUGUCCUCUAAUAGUUCACAUCAUGUCAAUAGUUCACAUCCACCAACCGUUCCACAACCUUACAAAUCAACACAGAAUCAUCAACAACAGAAUCGACAACAGUCACCUCUUUCCAUCACGAGUAGUCAUAGUGUGACUUUAAGUUAUACUUCUCCUCAGAAUGCAAAGAAUUUACCUUCUUCUUCACGUGAACAAAAAAGUGCCUCUGUGGAUGUUGAUUCACCAGAUUCCAAUACGAGACCUUCGGUUGAUUCGAGUAGUAGUACCAGUAGUGGUGGUUUUCCUGUUAUGGUUGGUUCUGAAAGUAAUGUCACCUUGUCACAUUCUUCAAGUGAUGAAAAAGUGAACAAACUUAAAAAGAAAAUGGAAUGUAAGAACAAAAAUCGACCUACAUGCACUCUUGAUUAUGACUUGGAGAGCUACAUCAAAUCGAUCGAUGAGAAACAAAUUCCUCAAACAAGUUAUCCUCAUUUUCUUAACAAUGAUUUAAUUUUAAUCGAACAAUUAGGAAAAUACAAGUCACGCUACAAGAAUAUUUAUUUACUCUUGACGGAUCCAACUUCCUAUGACACGAUUAUAGAACGCAAAAAAGAUUCCAAAAAGAAGAAAUUGUUUGAAGUGUCUUCCACCAAUGAGGCAUCCAAUUAUUCCAGAGAAGGAAGCAUUCCUUCACCAGGAACUGAACCCAAUUUUGACAAAAUAUUUCCAUCUGAGGCCUCUGAACAAACUCAUGCAACCACUUCGAGUAUUGUCAUUGAUUAUGCAUCGGUCCAAUUGAGUGAACAUUUGCCUCUUCUCAUCGAUUUGAAACAUUUGAACGAAUUGGAAAAAGUUUGUGUUUCGAAUGCCUUUAAAAAGAUUGCAACCAUCGAUCGAAGAAUUUUUUCACACCGCGAAAAGAUUUUCAUUGCACAAAAUUUGGCACUUGCUGAUUGUUACAAUUAUCUUUUCUUUGAUAACCCAACCAGUGAAAAAUCAGGUGCAAUCUUCUUUGAUCUUGCUGAAAAUGAUCACUCUCAUGCCGAAAGUUCAUCUCAAGAAAAGAAGAGUGGAUUAAGCAAAUUGUUUAGUCGUUCUUCGAAGAAAGAGGAACCUUAUUUACAAGUACAACUUGUGAUUUUCGAGUUUGGAGAUUCACUCAUUAUGGAAAUGAACGAUGUGCAAAGAUAUAAAUUCUUUAGAACUGGAUUAAUGAUUGGUAAUUGGUUUUUGGAAUGGAGAGAGAAUUCGUUGGUCAUUCCUUCCAGAAAACCACCUCAAGGACUUGUUCGAUUUAAUCCACAUUUUCAUUUCAUUCCUUUAAGCAAAAUUGAAGGUACCAAAAACAUUUCCUCGAAACUUCAAAGAUUAUCUGAAGUUUGUGCUCUCUGGAAUGGUACUCACAUUUAUCAUCCUCAUACUUGCAAUCAUCAACAUUUUGUCAACGAUGUUAUUCUCUCUUUGGAUCUUCUCCCCAUUGAAGAUUCAUCAGAUAAAUCAAAACCAGGAAAAAUUUCAUUCCCAUGUGGUCUCUCAGUGAAGAGACUUCUCGAUCGAAUUGAAAAGUAUGGUUUUAGUGACAUGUCUCUCUACAUGAAUGAUAUUGUGAAGGAAGCUUUAUUUGGAAAAAAGAAACAACAAGAACAACAUCAACAAACUGUGGAGAGAGUGAUUUAUGGAGAAGCUUAUUCGAGAUUGGGUGAAGAAAAGACUCUUGUUGGAAAUAUUGAAUACGCUCCUGAGAGAAUUAGAAGUAAAUAUACUUAUAAGAAUUUACAAAAGAAUACAAGCAAGGAAGAGGAGAAUGAUGAAAAGAACUUUUUGAUUUUCACAAGUCAUUCACAUUUGGAUCAAGUUUUCUUUGAUUUGGAUACUAAAAUUGGAAGUGGAUGUGAAGGAAAGGAUUUCUUUAAGACCACUCUGGAUGGAAAGUGGGACUUGUGGUUAUUGAAAUUGUACGAUCGAUGUUUUUGGAUUCGAAUGGCCAAUAAGAUUUAUAAUCCAAAAGAUGCUCCACUCUCUAAUUUGCCAGAAAAUUCACCUUUUAAUGUGACUCAUACUGGUCACUUUGGACCAUGUAUGUGCCCUUUCAAUAUGAGUGGUGUUUCUCUCACUGAAUUUGACAUUCAGUUGAUGAUGGUGAAUCCAUUGCCACCAACUGAAUAUUUGGGAAAUUAUGAUCCUCCAAUUCCAGAUCGAAUUUGGCUUCCUUAUCAAAAGUAA